GCGGCGAUUGGAGGGCAGCGCCCCGCGCCGGGCGGGCGCUCUCUGCGCAGGCGCGGCGCUGCCGGCGGAGCGCGGCCCGCGAGAGCCAGGGGAGCGCGGCGGCGGCCGCCCCGGCCCCGCCGCCGCCAUGAGGAUCUGGACCUCGGAGCACGUUUUCGACCACCCCUGGGAGACGGUGACGACGGCGGCCAUGCAGAAGUACCCCAACCCCAUGAACCCCGGCGUGGUGGGGGUGGACGUGCUGCAGAGGCAGGUGGACGCCGGCGGGAAGCUGCACAGCCACCGCCUGCUCAGCACCGAGUGGGGCAUCCCCGCCAUCGUCAAGUCGCUCAUUGGCACGUGCAGAACAAAGACCUACGUCCAGGAGCACUCCGUUGUUGACCCAGUGAAAAAAACAAUGGAGCUUAAAUCCCGUAACAUUUCAUUUACAAACCUGGUGUCAGUAGAUGAGAGGCUUGUCUAUCAACCACACCCUCGCGAGCCGGACAAAACCAUUUUGACCCAAGAAGCAAUAAUAUCAGUAAAAGGUGUCAGUCUCAGCAGUUACCUAGAAGGGCUAAUGGCAAACACAAUUUCCUCCAAUGCUAAGAAAGGCCGCGAAGCAUUGGAGUGGGUAAUUAAUAGACUGAACGCUGAAAUUGAAGAGUUCACAGCUUCAGAGAGGAACCAUGAGGAAUUCAAUGGCAGCAGCAGCCUUUGUAGAGAAAUGAUAGUAAAUAUACCUGUAUUACUAACGAGGCUUAAUGAUCUGAAGCUUCUCUCCAAACCUUAAUACAUGUAUCCUUUGUUAUUUAAAGGCAUACCUGUGUAUUAGGCAUCUUUCAAAUUUAAUUUGGAGAAAAGCUGAAUUCUUACUAAUGAGGCCGAUGCACAAAGCCUAGUUUAAUAUAUUGGUUCAGCUGGACCGAAUUUCGGUUACAGAUGAAGAAGUAAUUUUCAAGUAUAGUUCUUAUAUUUACAUGAACACUAACUUAUAAUGUUUUCAGAUACGAAAUCACCUCACUUAGUGAUGAGGCUAAAGAUGGUGGAGGAGACUGGCCUGUUAAGUUAACUUCUGUGGAAUUUUUAUUUUUGUGUGACUUACGGACUACCUCUUUUGGGACCAAGCCCAAAAUUAAGCAGAAUGGUUUGUUCCGGCAUUGUUCUGUUUGUUAAUUUUUGAUAGUUGUGUGAUACAACUUGGUUUAACAGAAAGUUUAUUACUUGACGCUUGAAAUACAAAAGAAUGUAUAAAAUAUUUUUUGAUAAGGUUUUUAACUUGUUUGACAGGUUGAGCUAACACGGUACUCAAAUUGGUUUUCAGUCAAUAUAGGUAAAACAUAAAAAGUGUCUCUUAUCUACUAAGACCUACAUCCUAUUCCUAAUUGUGACAUUAAUGAGCUGGGCAUGCAGUAACUUAAAAUGAAAUUGUAUCUUAAACUUCUGGAAUAAGUAUCUGCAUUUCCAAAAGCCCGUUAAAUAAAGUGGUACAAUAAGCACAGAGCCUUAAAAUCCUGCAGGCUGUCAGGGCAUCUAAGAAUGGUAGGUGUUCACUUGAAAAUUGCAAAGAACCACUUAAAGAACUAAAAAACCUUUGAGAAGUUGGCUAAAGAGAUACCUAAAUGUAAGAGGAAGCGAUAUUAAAGAAUGUUAAUGAUACACUCAUUAACUUGAUCGUGCUCCAAAACCGACCUGUUACAUCAUCUGAAUAUUGUGUUGUCCUUUAAUGUAACCAUAGUGUUCCAAGUUCCAGAAGGUCCUUUACCUUUUGAACUAAUUUGCUCACAAUACAAGGUUCUUUAAAUGAAAACCUUGAGAAUAAAAAGUUUUCUGCAGUUUGUGUUUGUUUCUUGGUACUUGCUGUAGAUUCCUGGUACUGUCAGCAGUUACUAGCUGUGGGCACGUGAAGGUCAGACCUUGACAGCCCUCCCUUCCCAGAGCACCGGGCUGCUGGUAGAGCUGCUGCCCUCCGCCGGGGCUGGCUGGCCCGGGAGCCUCCUGGGGUGUGAUGGAACCAGGGAAGGACACAGCCCUGGAUUAGCGGCUGCUUGUGUUUUGGUGCCAGAGGCUUUUCCUGGAAUUUUGAUUCUAAGCUUACCAGUAAUUUCAGGACUCUCAGCCUUUCAGAACUGUGAUGUCACCUGUUCCAGCACAUUUUAUGUUGCGUGCCGUUUCUGUUCUACCGGAAUUGCCGAUUUAAUGGUGUGUGCUAUAUAGAGAACCAGAGCUUAUUUUAAGUGGUAAACACAUGGGAACACAAUCUUCUGUAAGACUUGUGUAGGGGAAAAAAAACAGGUGUUAUAUACAUAUAUAUAUAACUUCUAAAAAUUUAACUAUACUAAAUAUUUUUCUAAAAAUAAAUGGUUUGAGACUACCUUAAUAAAUUCAAAUCAUUGAGGUUUGCCAUGCUUUCACAGGAGGUUAUUACAACUGAGAUAGCAUUUCAAUUUAAAAAGUGUAUGUGAAACUUCUUCAAAACUUUACCAGCAUUUCUGACAAAAAUGCAAUGCUUGAAACUCAUUUUAAAUGUUUGUUUAGCCAUUAGCAUCACUUAACAUUUUAAAGUCAAUUUUUUCUUUUCCUAAUUUUUCUGCACUGAGGACUACAUAGUAUGAACUCACAGUUUGCCCUUGCACUGAAAAAAACUUUAAUUUCUGUAAGCAUUCAACAGCUUCUUGAAAGAUCGUGAUUUUCUUUGUCCUGCUUUACUUACAUGCCUGCAUUUUCAUUCUGUCGGGGAGUAUGGCUUUCUGUAUGUGGCUCUUUUUAAAUAAAAUCUUAUCUGAGUUCUGGGUA